AUGCCGAAGGUGAAGAAGGCCGGACAAAUGCACGAUGAGAUCCGAGACACUGUGCACCCAAAGAUGGUAACUGAGCUUUUUGCGGGGAUUCUAAGGUCUGUUGGCCAACCUGUGGACGUGUCUCGUAUUUGGAAAAAUACUCGGGAAGAAGUAUUGUGGAGCGAUGCUUUACUACCGUGGCGAAGAUCUCCACUAUGGCUGUUUGUCCCUGUUGUAAUGCAACUUGUCUUCUCCAGAGAAACAAAAGUUGCGACAAGGCCUCUAGUGGAUCUCUACAAAGAGUUUAUGAUAUUUCUCAUGAGUCGUGUUCUGAAAUCAUCACUCAGACAUUCAUUUCAUAGCGAUCUCCUAUAUAUCCAGAUUGCCAAAAUCUCUCGCCGAUUGCUUAAAAUCGACUCGCCCCUUCAGGAAUCAACACAGUCUUUCGUUACAAAAACGAUGCAGAACGCCAGAGACCGGAUUCAAAAUAUAUGGUCGAGCCUCGUGAAAAAUAGCGGUCCCCGCUACGAACUAUCUGGCCUUGGAUGCCUGGAUUUCAACCAAGAUGUAUUUCAUUCUCUCUCGGCACUAGAUGAAUAUAUCGAGUUGCUUCCCGAACGAGAAAUUAUCAAUAACUUUGGCCCAUUUCAACCAGCUUCCAUUCUCGCGAAAUAUAGCGCUAACGAACCUCCAAAUUGCCCAAACAUCUUGGCCGAGGAAUAUGCGUCGUUUAAUUUGAGGGUCAUAGAGGAUUGGGUUGUCUCUAAGCUACCUCAGUGGCUACAGUGCCAUAAAUCGAACGGCAGCACUUGUGGCAAGCUAGGCGACUUGAUUCAAAAUUACUAUGCUAUUGCCUCUCCCGUUUAUUCAAAAAACCCGGAAGCCUCCUCCGCAAUGCUACUCAUCAUUCUUGAACUUUGGAUUGCUUGUGACGAAUCUGCUGUGCAUAUAUGCGAACUUCUUUUGGAUUAUGACCCGGGAAUUCCUCAAGGCCCGCUUCAAUCUUUAGUUUUGCCUUUCAAGGAUGAAAUGGAAACGCUCCUUCGGGUAGAGAAAUAUCUCUAUUCCCGUCAAGCGCGAGCAAGAUUUUCUGCUCCGGCACAGCCCCAGCUGCAAAAGGAUUGUGCAGCAUGUAUGAGAAUGAGAAAACUUGGUGAAGGCCAGUCCGUUAUAUGUUGUAUUUCAGGAGGGAUCAAGACCAAAAUGCUGGCACGUGCGAAUGCGGAAAACGUUUCAAUUAAUGUGUCAGAUGUCCUGAGUUGGGCUAUAUCUGAACCCUGCAUUGAUAUGCGACGAAGCAUUCCGCUUUGGGCUAUACAAGGUCAAAAAUAUGAACGUCACAGUUCACUUUGGGCUGAAUCCCGCAACAAGGGAAAGGUGCAAAUAUCGACGACACAAGCUGCACGAUUUCUUGAAGAGGAAUCCCAAACCCUUGAGGCCAGGUAUCGACCAAGUCCAAGCAAUCUAGUGGCGUCCACUGGGAAAGCGAACAACAACAGAAAUUUCAACCUCAUCAUGGAGCACUGUCGUGAAUUUGACAGUGCAGACCUCAACUCAGCCACACUCCAGGAGCAGCAAGAACGCGAGCUUUCCCCUGAGAAUGAGCAAGAGCAACAGCCUCAGAGGCCACCUCCAGCCAAAGCUGCAGAGCUCACAUCCCCCGUGAUAUAA